CACCUGUGCAAGACUGAGGGGGAGGAGCCGGUACACCUGUGCAAGACUGAAGGGGAGGAGCCGGUAUACCUGUGCAAGACUGAGGGGGAAGAGCCGGUACACCUGUGCAAGACUGAGGGGGAGGAGCUGGUACACCUGUGCAAGACUGAGGGGGAGGAGCUGAGGGAGGAGCUGGUACACCUGUGCAAGACUGGGGGGAGGGGCCGGUACACCUGUGCAAGACUGAGUGGGAGGAGCUGGUACACCUGUGCAAGACUGAGGGGGAGGAGCCGG